AUGUUGGAGUCUUUCCGCGGUGCUUCUGCCAUGCCCGUCGCGGCCUUCACCGAUGGCGCCGUCGUCGCGGCGGCCGGUCUGUCUUCGCGGAGUGCGUCAGGUUCAUACAGACCCAGCCCAGCGCGUUUGUCGAAUCCCGCUGCUGCGGCAUUGGAAGACAUUUCUCACGGGCGAGCCACGGGCGCUCUGUUGCCGCGAUCUUUUUCCACUCCACUGGACAGCGAGGACGACGCAUUGCUGCCGGCGCUCGCCUUUGACUAUCGACGAACUGUGUCUGACCUGCCGCUCGCGCGGCGGACGAAGCACAGGAGCGCGCCAGAGCCGUUCUCCGCGCCUCUUCUCGCCCCAGCUUCGCUGGCCAGUGUCGACGACGAGGCCGCUGGCAGCGAGGCCACGACGGCUGUUGGGUCCUCCGCGCCGAGCCCUGUCGGCCGUCACGAGCUCCGACUCAAGUCCUCAGAGAUGGAACGCGCUGCGCUUUGCACGCUCGUCUCCGCAGCGGCAGCCUGCCGCCACGAAGAAGAGGGGCGCGCGGCAGACGGCGGCUUCGCGGCCUCUUCGCUGCCUCUCGCCUCGAAAGAAACAGACGGACGCGACCUGCCUUCUUCGCCGUCGCGUGCGUAUGAGGACAGCCACGCAUGCACAGCGCCUGCGAACCUCGAAGCGGAGGAGCCGUUUCGAGUGGCGAGACCCGAUGCGGCGGCGGAAGAAGGCCAGGCAGUCAGCUACCAUCGCGCCACAGGCGCCUUGCUCCUACCUAUUCCCACGCGGCGGAGACCUUUCUUCGAGCAGGACACAGACAGAAAUGGAGGAUCUGCGAGUGAUUCCGGGCUGGAAAUCCUUCCCCGGUCGAGGAGAACUCUGCGGCGAGCGUCUGACCGCGACGGCGAGUCCACCAGCCAUCGGCAACUGGCGAAACGCGUGUCUUUUGGAAGUCCGCUUUCCGUCGAGGUUCACCAGUAUUCCUACGCAGACGGUUGUCGGUCGAGUGGCGGCAGCGCGAUGAGCGGGAGCAGCCGAGACAGCUCAAACAGCAGCCUGAGUUCUCUGUCGUCUCCACCGUCUUCGCAGUCUCUGCUGUCGCAGGGCGCAACGGUUGAGGCGGCCGCUUCAAGUUCGUCCUCGAGCUGCGAAGGCGCUCCUUCGCAGCGCCGUUGCUUGUCUCCAUCGCCCUCUGCGGCAGUGGACGCUUAUGGCCGCCCGUCUGCCUUCUCGGGAAGCGGCGGGAUGGCUAACGUGCUUUCGCCGCGGUUAGAUGAUUUGUCUGACGGCGAGACUGGCUGUGUGACGCGGCGCCACAAGGACUUGAGUGCAUCAGGGCGCGGUCUCUUUCCUCCUUCGUUUGGUUUUUUUGGAGCCGCAAGCAGCCCUGAGUCGGAGAGCAGCCAGGCGCCCGCUUUUCUGUCUCCGCCUAUGCAAGCUCAGUCCCCGCCGGCGCACCUCACGGGCGACUCAGCGAGUUCGCCAGCACUGCAUCCGCAGUCACCGAGGCACUGUGCACUGCAGCAGAGUGCCCUGCCUUCUGCGUCGCCGUCUGUCUCCUCUCCGUCGACCCGUCCGCUCUACUCGUCGCCGAAGCGCUGCCACAUGCACAUGACUCGCUCUGCGACCGACUGCGGCGCGCCGCGGUGUCUCCCAGUCGCUUCGUCGUGCCCCUUUUGCGAGCGGGAUCGCUGUGGGGCGUCGCCGCCGCUGACUCUCGAGCUGCUAAGGACGCCCUGCGAUACAUGGGUCGGGGCGGACUCAGACGCGCGGAAAAAGAAGAGAGAGACCAAACCGGCAAGUUCCGCACACCUCGAGACGCUCGAACACACGCAGGAGGAGGACCCCGUGUGGUUGUUCAGAGAGAUGCGACCUCGUCGACUAGACGGCUCCGAGGCACAGAGAUCUGCCCACCACAACUCCAGGGCGUGUAUCUCGCUCUCUCCUGUGCUGCCGCUUGAUCGUAGCUUCCCGGCGCAGGCAUCCCGUUCCAUGUCUUUUCCCUCUGCGGCCGGUCGCCGUCAGGCCCCCAGCGAGGAGACACGCCGGAUUUCAGGUGAAGAGGAGGCGAGCGGAGAUCCCUGCGGCGUUCAGCUGUCGGCUCGGUCUUGUUCCCUCCCUCUCUUGCUGCCGACGUCUAUUUCGCAGCUCUUUCCCUCGCCGCAGAGAGCGGCGGGAGUUCAACUCGCCUCGUUGGAUGAGAAGGCGGCGGCGGACGGCGCCUUGCGCCUGCCGAGCUGUGAGGGCCCGUCCGUGUGCCAAGCAGAAAACAAAAUCGAGCAUCUGUCAGCGAAGGACUGUGGGGCCUCUUCAGAGUUCCUCAUGGAUCUGAAGCUGCCGUGCUGCACAGAUAGUCCUGUCAUGAUGUAG